AUGAUGAGUACGGGCGCCUUCUACGCCGCCGCCGGAGACCGCCGCAACAGCGUGCCGAACUCGAACUCCGCUGCCAGCGAUGGCCAGGCUUACGACAUGCACCCCACCGCCGGCGGACAGCAUAGCACCGCCGCGUACGCGCCGUCUACGGCCAGCCUGGAGGGCAACAUGGCGGAGCUCCUGGAAGCCGCGGCGAAGGCGACGACCGAGUCGCAACGACACGCCGCCGCACAACAGCAGCAGCAGCAACAACAGCAGGCAGCAGGAGUCGGCGGUCUGCGCAAAGUAGCGCGCGUCACGGACCUGAGGGGCACGGCCAUGCAUGAAGAGGCCCUGGGGGCGGCAGGACAGAAACGCAAGAGGACGGCCACGCCUCCGAACGGGGGCGGCGGAGAAGACAUGCACCAUCUGGAAGGGGGAGAAGUGCAAGAAGGGGGUCGUGCUGGGAGCCAGAGCCCACGCAAACGCGCGAGGCAGACGCCCACGACGGGAUUGGCUGAGCUGCAACAUCAUGCACCGUCGGCCGACAUUCACCAUUACCACCACCAACAGCACAGCCCGACUUUGAUCCAUCAGCAGCACCAGCAGCAGGCCGGCUUUGGGCUUACCGACGUGAGAGCCGUGGGUGUGCACUCGGCCGCUGCACUCUUCCGGCAGCCGUCGGGCGGCAGCGCGACGAAGAAGCACACGCGGCCGCCCAUGUCGAAGCUGUUUGCGUCGCUGCAGCUGACGCCGGAGAAUUUCCUGCGGCUGCAGGCGGCGGCCAAGACGUACAUGCUUGACGAGGCGCAUCCGGAGCGCCAGAGCUGCGUGGGUAGUAGGGGCAAGGGGGACACGGACAUGGUCAAGCUACGAUUGUUCAACUGCUGCCGCGAUUUCCUUAACGACGGCAUCGGCGAGCGCUUCUUCGGGCCUGAUGUGCCCGCUCCGACGGAGAACGAGGUGCUGGAGGGCGAGACAAUGCCCGGCCGGAAGUGGGUGUGGCCGCGCGACGGCAAUAAGAUCGUUAGCCUGGUGACGCCACUGCUGAGGCGGAUGGUGACGAACGAACGACAGCGGCAGUAUGCACAGGAGGCGCGGAAAGGAACGGGGAAGAGGAAAUCGGAUGUUGCAAGUGGUACUCCUUCUGCUGCCUCACACGGUACUUCUUCGCAGGAUGCCGCCGCCGCCGCCGCCGCCGCCGCUGCCACGGGCGCUACCGGUGCUGCUUCAACACCGCCUCCAUCCACAGUGCCCUUCGAUGCAAGCCAUUCUCCGCCAAAUCCAGCCAUUGACCCUUCGUUAAGCACGCCUCAACCUCCCCCGCCCCCGGCUAUACCUGCAGCGCCGCCGCAUGUACAGCCACACUACCCAGCGCACGCCCCUACCCAAACGCUCCCCCACGGUCCGCCGCCGACGCAGUAUCCACGGUUCUUACAGACACAACCGCCCCAAUCAAUAUACAGCACGGCGAUAUCCCCCCCUGCACAUCCAGCCGCAACGGCUACAGGGACGGCGGCGAACAGCAACCAGCACCAACAACACUUUCAUCACCAUCACCCUCAGCCCGCGCCAGACCAGAACGUCAUCCAGGUCCUCAUCACCAAGAACAACACGAAGCUGCUGCCCCGCAUCGACAUGCCGUCUUGGCCCAGCACGCCGCAUCACACGCUGCCGCUGGUCGAUCUGCGACAGGCCGUCGAAGAGGAGAUCAGGGGAUUGCUGAAGAGAGGAUUGGAUUUGGGUAUCAGGAGGAGGGCGACGACGACGAAGCGUCCCAUGACACCAGCAGUGCCGACAGUUGAUAGGGCGGGAGAAAGCGUCGCUGCUCCCGCUAAUGCUAGCACUACGACUACGACUACAAGUGCUGUGACGAGCACCGCCACGGCGGAAAGCCAGCAGCCCGCCGACGUCGACAUGGCGGAGGCGGGCAAUGAACAGGAUCAGCAGCAGCAGCAAACGGGCCCGAAUGAAAAGAACUCAGCGCACGAGGAUGGCGAUGGUGAAGAUUUCGCCGCCACCACCGCCCAACAACGACAACAGCAGCAGCCACAACCACAACCACCACCACAACCACAACCACAAUCAGCCGAUACCGUCAACGAACAACAGCAAGAAGCAGUGGUAGAAGAAGCAGAAGAGGAGGAGGAAGCAGCCGAAGCAGGAGAAGAAGAACAACUCAGCCUCGAAGACAUCACGCUCGAGAUCCGCGCGCUGACUGGCCGCGGCCUCGUCCUGAUCGCCGACGACAAAGACUGGCGCGCCGUCUUGGCCGAGGUGGGGCAAGCGGUGUGGAUGGAGGGCGUGCUGAGGGUCGUCGUGGAGGUGAUUUGA